CCUUAACUCCCGUUUCCCUCUCACUCUACUACUAUCACAAACACAAACACACCACAUAUUUUGCUUAUUACACCACCCAUGGCAUUGGCAGUGGCACCAGAAGAAGCACCCAUCCACGGCGAUAUAUUAGAGGCCAUAUUCUCCCACGUGCCACUCAUCCACCUCGUGCCAGCCUCCCACGUGUCAAAGUCCUGGAAGCGUGCGGUGUUCUCCUCCCUCGCCCACAUCAGCCCCAUAAAGCCAUGGCUCAUAGUCCUCACUCAGAGCCCCCGCGCCUCGCACGUGACAACGCUACACGCUUACGACCCCCGCUCGCACGUGUGGCUCCAGAUAAAAAGCGCCACGUCCCACACCUCCCCCGUGCGCUCCUCCCACUCCACCUUGCUCUACACGCUCACCCCCGCCGAGUUCGCCUUCUCCCUCGACGCGCUCCACCUCCACUGGCACCACGCGCCGGCCCCGCGCGUGUGGCGCACCGACCCCAUCGUCGCGCGCGUCGGGACGCGCGUGGUGGUGUCCGGCGGCGCGUGCGAGUUCGAGAACGACCCGCUCGCGGUGGAGGUCUACGACGCGCAGAGCCGCGCGUGGGAGACGUGCGAGUCCAUGCCGGCGCUGCUGAAGGGCUCCACGGCGUCUUCGUGGCUGUCGGUGGCGGUGGCCGGAGGAAUGAUGCACGUGACGGAGAAAUUCUCCGGCGUGACCUAUUCCUUCGAUCCUGUAAUGAAAAAUUGGAGGGGACCUUUCGAUUUGAGACCUGAUGAGAGUGUUUGCUACUGCGUCACCGGAACCCUAGCGGAGCGGAAGCUGUGGGAGGUUCGGGGGGGAUUAGGUUCGGGGAUGGAGGAAGUGGCUGAGAUGCCGAAGGAGAUGGUUCGGAGGUUAAUGGGAGGUUCGGAGUUAGGUUCGGUGGAGGUGACGUGGAUUGGGGAUUUUGUGUACGUGAGGAACACUUCCUUAGCGGAGGAGUUCGUGGUGUGUGAGUUUAUCGAUGGGGUCCGGUCCGAGUGGCGGAGUGUGACCAACGCCGCCGUUAGCCACGGCAGGAGAAUGGUGGUUUGCGGCGGCGAUGUGUGCAUGGAGGAUCUGUCGGAGAAUCGAACAUUGUGCAUGAAACAAGUGUGAACUUGAAAGCUUUAUUAAUACUACCAUAUUAUUAAGUUUUAAUUUAAAGUUUAAACCUUGGUUUUUGUUUUUAAUUAAAAGCUUGUGUUUGGGAAAUGGGAAUCUAUAGAUUCCUUUUCAUUUGAUUGGCAAACAAAAUUAGUCACUUAUUUUAUGACCUUUUUGUUUGAUUAUUUAAAACACAGAAAAGUUGUAAGAAAAUUGUAAAAGAGGAAGUGGGAAGGAUUUGUCGUUGGCCAAGCCUGAAAGAGGAAGUGAUUGUGAUGUUUGGGAUAUGACAUAAUACCAAAAAGGAAAAUAAAAAAGAAUAAUGAAGAGGAUAAUCUGACGUGGAAAUUUGCAAUGGAUAUGUUUGGUUGCAGCAAGAGGUUGUCAUGAGAGUCGGUGUAUUAUUAUUAUUAUUAGUAGUAGUAGUUACACAGGUUUGGAAAUUUGUGUACUAUUUACCAUGUACAAGACUUUCCUAUUAUUACAAGUGGCCGAAAUUUUCAGUACUAAUAUUUAUUAU